AGGCUCCUGUCCCUUCCAUCUUGCAACAACAGCCUAACCCAUUCACCUAACCCAACGGAACGGCUAAGCUCUCUAUUUCUGCCGGGUAAGAGGGUUAAAGAGGCAGAUUUGGCUCCUGACAUAAUCAGGCAGAAAGGCAAGUGGAGGGGAAAGGCGCACCCUCCCCCCCCCCCCCAGGAAGGCCAAUCGCUGGUCUCGGGGAUCAAAGGUGGAGGCAGGGGGUUGCCAGUUGGCCAAUCUCAGCCUCUCAGCUAAUUGGCUUUCUCUUUGCAUCCACUUUCUGGAGAGCAGGCUCCACCUGGUCCCAGGGAUCCGCUGCUGAGCAAAGGGCUGGGCCCACCGAGCCAGGAGCGGAUGACUGGGGGACGAGGGCAGGACGUCCAGCUGUUCCCUUGGGGAGCUGGGGGCACCGGGAACAGAGGAGGAGGGAUGGUGCCAGGCUACUGCAAGGCCCAGAUUUGCUGCUGCUGCGGCCCAGCCCCUUGCACCUUGUGCUGCCCCUGCUGCCCCGGCAUCAAGGUCUCGACGGGGACCCGGCUCCUCUACAUGCUCUUCCACAUCCUGGCCUGUGCCAGCUGCUGCUUCAUGCUCUCCCGCACUGUGGCUGAAGCCAUCAAGGAGAACGUGCCUUUCUACGCAGUGCUGUGUGAACACCUUCCUGGGGGCAGUGACUGCGACAUCCUGGUGGGCUACUCAGCUGUCUACAGGGUCUGCUUUGGCACUGCCUGCUUCUACCUGGGCCAGGCAGCCUUCUUGGUCAACAUCAAGUCCAGCAGCAACUUUCGCGCCCUCUUGCACAAUGGGUUCUGGUUCCUGAAGCUCCUCAUCCUUGUGGGGCUCUGUGCAGCCGCCUUCUUCAUCCAAGACCAGCGCUUCCUCCGAGCCUGGCACUUGGUUGGUGUCUGCGGAGGCUUUGCCUUCAUCCUGGUCCAGCUGGUGCUGAUCACAGCCUUUGCCCACACCUGGAACAAGAACUGGCUGACAGGCGCCUCCACAGAUAAGCGCUGGUACCUGGCUAUCUUCCUGGCUACACUGGGCUUCUACACCAUAGCCUCCACCGCUUACACUUUCCUGUACAAAUUCUACACCCACCCAGGUGGCUGUUUCCUCAACAAGGGGUUGCUGGCCUUCAACGGUGCCCUGUGCAUCCUCAUGUCCUUCAUCUCCAUCACCCCCUGCGUCCGCCUGCGACAGCCAAGCUCCAGCCCCUUACAGGCCUCCAUCAUCUGCUGCUAUGUCAUGUACCUGACCUUCUCCGCCCUGUCCAGCCGGCCACCAGAGAAAGUGCAGUACAAGGGGCAGAAUCUCACCAUCUGCUUCCCCAGUGUGAGCAAGGAUGGGAUGCAGACUGAGGACACAACGGUGGCUAUCCUGGGGGCUGGGGUCAUGUACGCAUGCGUCCUCUUUGCCUGCAACGAAGCAUCAAUGCUCGCUGAGCUGUUUGGACCUCUGUGGAUGGUCAAGAUCUACAGCUUUGAGUUUAAGAAGGCGUCCUGUUUCUUCUGUUGCCCUGAUAAGAUGGAAGAGGAGGUAGCAGCUAUGAAAAUGCGGUGCUGGAGACCACUUUCACUCAUGGCAGCUGGUCCACCUUCUGGGUUAAGGUCUCUUCUGGCUGGGCCUGUGUCCUCCUCUACCUCUGGCUUCUGCUGGGCCCGCUCUGCCUACCGGGGUCGCAACAACGCAACAACACCCCCCUGCGUUUUGUGCGGCGCCAGCGGCACAACCUUCACCGCAUCAGUGUUGCUACGUAGCUGCUGCUGCUCCUGCUACUGCCAAAAGGGCCUGGAGGCUCUUUUGCCACAGCCUGCUGUGGGCUCAGCCACCUGCCACAAUCACCAAAGGCUGGUGCCAAGAGACCCACCUGGUGCCAAGAGACCAGGCCUGGUCCGAAGACUGCCUGCCACUGGGUGCUGCAUGUCAAGGCCGCCCAUGAUGCCACGUUCCAGUGCUGGCCACAGCAUGCCUUGCCCCAGCGGGUACCUUUAAUGUGAACGAGCCAGCAGAGUGGGGGCCCAGAGGAGGCAGGUGCUUUAACGGCAGGAAAGGGUAAGGGUGGUGCUGAUGCCCAUCCAUCCAUCGUCUCCCAAUGUUGGUUGCAAGGCUGGACAAAAUACGAGGCAGAGCUCCAGGUGGCCAAGUCCCACUAAUAUGGACCAGAGAACUCCAGAGAGAGGAAGGAGGAGGGUGCACACAAAGAAUCAAACACAGGAACACAGCGCCUCUCUCCAGUUCUCAGCCAUUAUCAGACACUGCAGGGUCUUGGCAGUGAACAUCUGACCUGUAGUGGGGGGUGUGAGGGGGCCUCCUGCUGUGGCACCUCUUCCCAUGUGUACAGGUGGUGGAAGGAUGAUCCUGCCAAAUGGGGGGGAGGAGGGUCCUGUCACGGUGCUGAUUAACAAGGAGAGACAGACCCAAAGGACUGGUGCUCAUUGUGGACACUGUAUUUGCUCUGCCAAUAAAAUCUUGUUCAA